CCGCCCUUGAAUUUUUCCUGAAAACGUGGGAAGGGCUCCCUCUGGGCUUUCAGCGAGCUUGUACCUCUGGCGUGAGCGGUUUCCAAUCAGGUCCGACACGGUGCUAUAUAAACCACUGCUUCAGAGGCCAAACUGUCAAAACCUAUUCAGUUUGGCAUCAUGUCUGGUCGCGGAAAAGGAGGCAAAGGCCUGGGCAAGGGCGGCGCCAAGCGCCACCGCAAGGUGCUGCGCGACAACAUCCAGGGCAUCACCAAGCCCGCCAUCCGCCGCCUGGCCCGCCGCGGCGGCGUCAAGCGCAUCUCCGGCCUCAUCUACGAGGAGACGCGCGGGGUGCUCAAGGUCUUCCUGGAGAACGUCAUCCGCGACGCGGUCACCUACACGGAGCACGCCAAGCGCAAGACGGUCACGGCCAUGGACGUGGUCUACGCGCUCAAGCGCCAGGGCCGCACGCUCUACGGCUUCGGCGGCUGAGCUUCAUUACCCACUGUCCAGAAUAAGCUUCCGUCAAAGGCCCUUUUCAGGGCCGCCCACAAAAUCUGCUAAGGGCUGUAGACAUUUUAAAAGUUUUCGCAAGAUAAUCCUCGGCGGCCUAAGUUUGCGUACCAAGUUAAGUUGGUUGUCCUUUUCAGGGUUUCUGC